CGAUAAUCCACGCCCGACUCCAUAUUGUACGUGAAGCUGUCAAAUAAUACAUCGCAUCACAAUGGCACCCACCCCCCAAGAAGCCGAAAGACACCAGGCGCUGCUAGACAGCCUAGACAUCGCCCACAUGCCUCGCCCCUUCCGCAACCCAGCAUGGCGGCCCUCCCAGCGUCGCAAUAAGAACGUGAAGCAGCUCAUCUCCGAAAACACCCGCAAAGAAGCCUCCGUGAUGGCGACGCAAGCCAACUCCGGCGCAACAACCCCCCUCGCGCCCACCACCGACGGCAGCCAGACGCCAGCCGAGGGCGCCGGGCGGAGUUCCAACAUCGCGCAGGCCGCGCAGAACCUGUCCACGCUGGUGCUCGAGAAAAAUGCGAAGGCGACUUUCCAGACCGGACCUGCCGUUACCUACACGAAUAUCGAAUCGGCUCCAUCGUUGAGUGCAUCGCAGCAGAGGCGGUAUUGCGACAUCACGGGCUUGCCGGCUUCGUACACGGAUCCGAAAACCCGCCUGCGAUACCAUGAUAAGGAGGUGUUUGGGGUGGUGAGGACGCUGGGGCAAGGAGUGCCGGAGAGCUAUCUUGAGCUGAGAGAUGCUCAUGUGGUGCUCAAAUAAGACGGACAUCUCUACGUGCGAGAUUAUGUUCUAUAGGAUUGAUGGGUAAUCGCAUUGAUGCUACACUCUAUGGAAUCUACGGGUUAUGUACGACCAACACAGUCAAGCGCUUCCACCCACCUGCCCCUCUCGAGACAGGCUCAAGAAAGUGCUCCGGCUUAUUCGUGAUCUUAUAUAAGAGUCGUUCUUCGCCUUGUGCCAGAGGCACGCGACUAAUACCGACGCUCCACCGACAGGAACACCAGUUACAGCAUCUCUGGAGAUGCUGUCGCCGCGGCGGGUGUCAUCGAGAUGACAAUUGGGUGAUAGACAGUAUAUGAUAUGACAUGACAUAUUUGAGGUUC